AUGUCCAGCCCCAUCUCUUCACUCUUGUACCGUGUGGUCCUCCUCUUCCUGCUGGGUUCCAGUUUUGCCACUGAAGAGGGCACUGUGGUAGUCACCAGCACGGGACCCCUUAAGGGCAAGCGGCUUCAGGUUGGUUCUGGUUCGGUGACUGCCUACCUGGGCAUCCCCUAUGCAGAGCCGCCAGUGGGGACAUUGCGGUUCCAGAAGCCCCAGCCCCGUCAGCCAUGGAGUCACGUUUUGGAGGCCACCAGCUCUGGCAACUCGUGUCACCAGGAAACUUCUUAUUCCUUGCCUUAUUCCACCAUGUGGGUCGCCAAGACACCGUUCUCAGAGGACUGUUUGUUUCUCAACAUCUGGGUGCCGUAUCCUCAGCCCACAACACCGGCUCCUGUCCUCGCUUGGAUCCAUGGUGGGGGCUAUGUCGCUGGUGCCGGUUCCCAUGACUUAAACAACGGAGCACUCCUAGCAGCUACGGAGAAUGUCAUUGUGGCCUCCAUGAACUACCGCUUGGGGGUUCUGGGUUUUCUCUACUUGCCACCAGCUGCCCCAGGAAAUAUGGGCUUAUGGGACCAACAGCUGGCUCUGAAAUGGUUGAAGGAGAAUGCAGCUGCCUUUGGGGGCGACCCAGCUGGGCUAACUCUCUUUGGCCACAGUGCUGGAGCAGCCUCGGUGGGUUUCCACCUCCUGUCACCGACGAGCCAGCCCCUUUUUGCCCGGGCUGUGCUACAGAGCGGCUCUCCCAAUGCCCCCUGGGCACUGAAGGAACCUGAGAGGCUAAGAAAAACCAGCAUGAGGGUCGGUCACCUACUGGGCUGCCUGAGUGAGAACCACACUGAUGUCAUGAGCUGCCUACAGAGAAUGGAAAUCAAAAAGAAUGGGUUUAAUGAGUUCAGUUUUCUCUUCGCACCCACUCCGGAUGGUGACUUCCUUCCUGGAGAGCCACGAAAGCUUCUGGAGAGUGGGCAGGUUCAGGCCAAAUCACUUCUCAUUGGGGUCACGGGUGAUGAUGGGUCUGUCUACGUGUUAUAUUCUGUUCCUAGAGCCAUAGAAGGGGAUGGCUUACUGACCUGGGAGCAGCUCGUGGAAGGGGUGCAGGCAACAGCGAGCAGGAGAAUUUUAAACGAUGCCAAAGCUGUCGCGCUGAAGUACCUUGAAAAUGGCCAUGAGCCGGAACACUACCGCUGGGCUUUGGCCCGACUCUCGAAAGAUUACUUUUUUGUAUGCCCAUUGGUUGAAGCGGCUGCCAAGUUGGCGGAAGCAGGAAGUACUGUGUAUGCCUACUCCUUUGACCAUCCUGUCUCUGGCUUCAUCUGGCAUGAGUGGAUGGGGGCAGCCCAUGGAUCUGAGCUGCCUUACCUGUUUGGAACCUUGUCGACAGUGCGGGGAGGGGCUAACCAAUCCUUGACCGAAGCUGAGGCUGCGCUGAGCCGCAAAGUGAUGCGGUACUGGGCAGAAUUUGCCAGAAGUGGGAAUCCCAGUGGGCCUACAGCCAGCGAAGGAGAGUGGCCACUUUACAAUGCCACAGAGCAGAAUUUCUUUCACAUCGGCCCAGAGGUCUCCCAAGUUUUGCAGACGCCACCUGCUCAGCACUGUGAUUUCCUGGCAAUGCAAUUCCUGACUGAGACACAUCUGAGUGAGUUCAAGCCCUUGAUAUAUGAAAGAAUGUAUCCUCAGGAGUUUCUGUUUCAUCAGGCCAAGCAGAAGGUGGGAAGAAUGAGACCAGAACUUAAUAGAGAGUACUGUGAUUGUG